CCACUAGGAUGGCCGAGAACAAACAGACGAACUGUUAAAUCUCUGUCCCCUCACUCCUUUGAGACUAGCCUGUAAACUCUCAGGACUGCAAGCUGAAAUCAGAAAAAAAUGAAGGCAGCCCUAAUCUUCCUCUGCAUUUUGGGAAUAGCUUGCGCCUUCUCGGUAAAGAACUUCAGAAGAAGAUUCAAAGCAGAGGAUUCUGAAGAAAAUGCAGUAUUCAAGAACAGAUAUAGGUAUUUUCUUUAUAGGUACCCCUACCUCUACCCACCUGCAAAGAGACAUCAGUUUAACAGUGACUCAUCCGAAGAAGGCUAUGGUGGUGAUAGUUCAGAAGAGGACGAGGAGGAAGAAGAAGAAGGGGGACAGUCAAAUGAAGAAAACACUGAAGGUGGAAAGGAGAAUGAAGAGGCGACCGAGGCUCCCGCUGCACCAGUGACUGGAGAUAAAAUGGGCACCAGCAAAGCCACACCUCCUAAGCAGGGCCCCGUAAAGAAAGAGCCCCUGGAGAAACCUGGAAAUGGAGGAGCAGCUAAAAAGGGUGAAAAGGACAAAGCUCCCGAAAAAGGAGGGAAGGGAGAGGAAGACAGUGACGAAGAAGAAGAAGAAAACGAAGAGGAGGAAGAGGAAGAAGCAGAGACGGUGGACGAGAACGGAAGCGGCAUAAACAGCACAAGCACCAACAGCACUGCGGAAGAGAAUGGAAACGGUGGCAAUGGAGAGGAGGAAGAGGAAGAAGGGGGAGAAAACGAAGCGACCACCGCCGUUCCGACCACCCUGCUCCCCACAGUCCUCCCCACCACGGAGUAUCAGGACCAAUACGAAACCACCACGGAGGACCAGUGGCACUAUGACACGCCCUCUGAAGAGCCGUGGCCGUACGAUACCACCACCACCGGUUAUGAGAAUGGCUAUGAGGUUCAAACAGAAUACUACGCGAGUGAGAAUGGGCAACCCCGAGGGGAUACUUUCAGAACCUAUGAGGACGAGUAUAGCUACUACAAAGGCCAUGGGUACGACGUCUAUGGCCAAGAUUACUACUACAACCAAUGAAGAAAAGAAGCUGUCUCUUGGCCUGCUUAAUGUUUUUGCAAAUGCCUACUCAGGAAGAUGUAUCACAAUAUAACAUGGUGCCUUUUAAGUGAGAGUGGAGGUUGCUGUCUGUUUUUAUUGCUAACUAUGAAAAUGUAUUCUUUUUGUCUGG